AUGGAUACAGGAGAGGUCUCUGAAACAGGAAGCUCGGCUAAGAAGAGCCUUAAUUUUAAUCUCUUGGAUUCAAUGACCGAUGGAUCAAAAACGAUGGCCCCUGAUCCCAAGAGGGAUCUCCCCGAAACCAAGAAGAAGAGCUGGUAUGAGAUUACCCUUGAAGAGGAGGAGGAAGAAGCAGCUCAAAAUUUCAACCAACCACGGGAAAGAUCUAACCAAUCCAUGGCCGAGAGGGAAAGAUUGGCAGUUAUCGAUGAGGAUGAAGACAAAACAAUGGAGCCCGAUGCUACUCAAUUGGCAAAGGGAAGAGCGACGGUGUUAUCAGAGGAGACCGACGAGGAUGUAUGGAAAAUAGGCGAGGAUUUCUAUACAGAGGAGGAGAUGAUGAAUGAUGAUCUGUUGAUAGAUGAGGUAAACGAGCUGUUAGAAAAAGAUCCCAUCUAUGAAGCGACCCAGAAGAAACAUGAUACCUCAGCUGAGCUUUCAACGGAGGAGCUUAUGGAUGAAGAUACCGAUCGGGCAACGGUGAAGGAAAUCAAGCAGAUCGAACCAGUAUCGCAGGAAAAAAAAACCGAUGGGGAAGGCAAAGAAACGUGUCCCACAAAGCCCAAAAAUUAUGGGCUUCUAUUUAAAGAUGAAGGCUUUAGCAAAUGGCCCAACCCCACCAAAGAAGAAAGACAAAAAGUCUAG